GUAAGCAAGGGGUCGCACACUUGCCUACACGGCGCCCUUCUGAUUGUAUUUUUUGUACAUUCAUCCUCGUAGGACAUGGCUGCUUCCUUCUGCCUUCUCUUCUUUGGAAUGCUGGCCGCCUUUUCGAGCGCCGGGGGCGCUGCCCAGAAUAAUGAGCGGCGCUGUGCCUUCAAAGACUCGUUUACACAUUCUGAAGAACAUGGUAUCAGUGAAGAACGCAUCAACCAAGAAAAUGGCACCAUUGUGUGUGCGAAGGGCAGUCAGUGCUAUGGAUUGUGGGAAAAGAUGAGUGAUGGAGGAGUUCGUAUAAAGAAGCAAGGCUGUUGGGCUCACUUUGGAGACAAGGAGGAGUGCCACCCUCCAGAGUGUGUGGUGACAAACCACAGAGAGAAUGGGACUUACCGCUUCUGCUGCUGUAGCACUGACAUGUGCAACGUCAACUUCACCGAGAAAAUUAUCCCAGAGCCUGCCCCAACAGAACCGAUAACAGGUCCUUCGAAUAGACAUUCCAAAGAGGAGCCAAUUGUGAUUGCCUUGGCAUCAGUAUCUGUCGUAGCUGUCCUGAUCGCAGCUCUCUUCUUUGGAUAUAGAAUGUUUGCAGGAGACAGGAAGCAUGGACUUCACAGUAUGAACAUGAUGGAGGCAGCACCUUCGGAGCCUUCCCUGGAUUUGGACAGCCUCAAGCUGCUUGAGGUAAUUGGCCGAGGUAGAUACGGUGCAGUAUAUAAAGGAUCUUUGGAUGAACGUCCAGUAGCUGUGAAAAUCUUCAGUGCUUCAAACCGUCAGAAUUAUAUCAAUGAGAGAGACAUAUACAGGCUCCCACUGAUGGAGCAUGAAAACAUAGCCCGCUUCAUUGUGGCUGAGGAAAGGAUAUCCAGUGACAACAGAACCGAGUACAUGCUGGUGAUGGAAUACUAUCCCAAUGGGGCGUUGUGUAAGUACCUGAGUCUUCACAGCAGUGACUGGGUUGGCUCCUGCCGAAUGGCACACAGCAUCACCAGAGGCCUCGCCUACCUUCACACAGAAUUACUACGACCUGAUCAAUACAAGGCAGCUAUUACACACAGAGAUCUCAACAGCAGGAAUGUGCUAGUGAAGAACGAUGGAACGUGUGCCAUCAGUGACUUUGGCCUUUCAAUGAAACUGACUGGCAAUAGAUUGGUUCGACCAGGAGAAGAGGACACUGCAGCUAUCAGUGAGGUUGGCACAGUCCGUUACAUGGCUCCUGAGGUAUUGGAGGGAGCAGUAAAUCUACGGGACUGCGCCUCUGCUCUCAAGCAGGUGGAUAUGUAUGCGCUGGGCCUUAUCUACUGGGAAAUAUUCAUGAAGUGUUCAGAUCUUUUCCCAGGAGAGGCAGUGCCUGACUAUCAAAUGGCCUUUCAGGCUGAGGUGGGAAACCACCCCAGCUUUGAGGAUAUGCAACAUUUGGUCUCUAGGGAGAAGCAGCGACCCAAGUUUCCUGAAGCCUGGAAAGAGAACAGCCUGGCAGUGCGAUCAUUAAAGGAAACGAUGGACGACUGCUGGGACCAGGAUGCAGAGGCUCGUCUCACGGCCCAGUGUGCAGAAGAGAGAAUGGCAGAGCUCAUGGUGAUGUGGGAUCGAAACAAAUCUGUGAGUCCCACAGUCAAUCCCAUGUCACAGUUUACCACAACGGCCAUGCAGAAUGAACGGAAUCUGUCACAUAGUCGUCGAGUGCCGAAGAUGGGACCAUACCCUGAUUAUUCUUCCUCUUCAUACAUUGAAGAUUCUAUUCACCACACUGAUGGUAUGGUAAAAAAUAUCUCUACUGAAAACUCUACAUCUGGCACACCAUCAACCACUAGUGAGAAGAAUCGCAACUCCAUUAACUAUGAAAGACAGCAAGCUCAAGCACGGAUCCCUAGUCCAGAGACCAGUGUCACCAGCUUGUCAGCAACAACUACCACUACAAACACUGCAGGUCUCACACCCAGCACUGCCAUGUCCACAAUCUCAGAAACACAAUACUCUGAGGACACUAACACACAGGUAGGCAACUUACUGCCACCUCUUAGUUCCACCCCAGUAUGCUUGCAGCUGACUGAAGAAGACCUGGAGACCAACAAACUAGAUCCUAAGGAAGUGGACAAGAACCUCAAAGAGAGCUCAGACGAAAACUUAAUGGAGCACUCUCUGAAGCAGUUCAGUGGAUCUGACCCUCUUAGUGGCAGCAAUCCCAGUCUCCUGUACCCCCUGAUCAAGCUGGCAUCUGGGGUAACUGGGCACCAAGAUUUUCCCCAGCCCAGCACCAGUCAGGCUUGUUUGAUCCCUGACAUCCCAGCCACUCAGAUGUACCCCCUCCCCAAACAACAGAACAUCCCCAAGCGUCCCACCAGCCUCCCUCUCAAUGCCAAAAACAUGGCAAAGGAAUCACGACUGAAGUUUGGCAGCAAGCACAAAUCAAACCUUAAGCAAGUGGAGACAGGAGUGGCAAAAAUGAACACCAUAAAUGCAGGAGAGCCCCAAGUGGUAACUGUCACUGUGAAUGGCAUUGCUAGAAGAGAUCAUGCUGUGAACCCACACCCAGUGGUCAUUCAGUAUGCUAAUGGAUCAAUACCUGGUCCUCAGAAGUCUAAUGUAGUGAGCCAUCGAGGCCAGGAAGCCCCUCAGUCUCAGUUUAGUGGGGAGGACAGCAGAGUGAACAUAAACUCCAGUCCAGAUGAACAUGAACCAUUGCUGAGGAGGGAACAACAAGCCACUCGGGAUGAUAUCAUUGCUGAGAGGCUAAUGGACAGGAGGGACCGUCUACUUGACCAGGGACGGACAAAUUCCAACAAUAACAACAACAGCAAUCAAUGUGGCACAGUGGAUGGUACAUUGACAAAUGACCAGCAAGGCCCAGUGGCACGGCGGCAAGGAAAGAGGGCAGAAAGGCCAAACUCACUUGAUCUCUCAUCAACCGGUAUUCUGGAUGGCUGCAGUACACCAUGUGAGACAACAAAGGAAAGUAAGCAGGCCUCUUCAGGGGACAAAAUAAAGAAACGAGUUAAAACUCCAUACUCACUAAAGAGAUGGCGACCUUUGACAUGGGUCAUUUCGACGGAGCCCAUCGAUGGCGAGGUCAACAACAAUACAGGCAGCAACAGUGCAGUGGGGCGUUCAAAAUCCAGCACCACAGUUUACCUGAUUGGGGGAGGUAGUGGUGGCACUGCCACGGCAACAGUUGGCACGGAGACCGGACUGAACUGCUUGUGAAACUUUAACUAUUACUUUGUACUUUGUAAGGAGAGAAAGAAACAAAUAUAAAUGGACAGCUAUUCCACCUUUGAACUAUACCCCUAUCCCAAAUUCAGACAUGCUUUAGAGUUCAGCUAUGCAGCAAAGCUUAGAAAAUCUGUAAUUUUUGAGAGCUUUUUUUUGUUUGUUUUCCUUCUUCUUGCACUUUUUUUUUUGGAAAGGAAGAAAGAUAAUCUUUGAGUGAAGCCUAGCCUGAGGCAAGCACUACGAAGGGUCUCACCAAGGUCUCAGCAAAGCAAGCAGCACACAACUUUAUUAGCACUCAUUGUGGAUUAGCUGGGCCUCUGGUGAAGAUCAUGCACGUGGGUUUCAAGGCAGGUGUAACAAAUGGUGAGCAAUGUGGAAAACACUGAAGUAUUUGCCUCCCCAUUGAUGCCAUGUAUGGAGACAUUCUGAUUUUGUUACUGAAUUAUAAAGAGUAUAGUAUCAUCUUUUGACAAAAAAAAUCUUCUGUUGGAAUGUGCAAUAGGCUUAGCUUAGCAACGCUUUUAAAAAAGAAAGAAAAUUAUUAUUUAAAAGUUGUGUCUCUUCUCUGUAUAUCACUGAAGGUUGCUUAAUGUGCAUGGGCCAGUGGUGACCUUGUUCCUCCUCUGCAGCCCCUUCACCCAUCCCUUCUGCACACCCAUCUGCCGCUCCUGCAAUGGAGGGUUGGUGCACUAUGCAUGGUUCCCAAAUGUUACUGCAGUGGCAGACAUCUCCCCUCCAUCCUGUAGAAUUGUCAAUCAGUAUUCUCAUCAGACCCAUGAAUACAAAAUUCUGUGUUAGUGAGCCAAGCACUUAAAUUGUCCAAUACCUUGCCAUUUUCUUCCCCCCUCCCCCCAUUCACUCUUAACUCUUAGCCACAGAAACCCGUUCUAAUGGUGUGUCUGAUCCUGCACCUACUUGGCUUCUGAAAUUUUUACUGAUGGAUCAGUCUUUAUGGUGCGCCAGUUUUUCUGUAUCGUUUCAUGCUUUAUUGUGAACAUGGAUGUGGAUGAACUGAUUCUGAUUAUGCAGUAAAUUUUCAUCUCUGGUUCAUGGGUUCAAUAUGUUGACAAGUCCCUCUGAGUGCUGGCUCAAAGCCUCGUUCACAGAUGAAGAUUAAAUGGCCUCAGUCCAGUUCUUAGCUGGUAUGAACACACUGUACAAAACAACUCUGAUUUACACUAGAUUUAUAAUCUUACUCCAGACGGCCCAUUAUAUCCAUAAGAGAAACAAAGCACAUGUAGAGUUGGAUAUUCUCCUAAGGAUGGACUUAAAACUGUCUAAAUUGGGACAUAGAAGAGUAUCCAGCCCCUGCUUUAUCUUCCCUGGGAGGAUUAUAGGACAAGGUGUAAUUAGCCUUAACCUCUACCUGAUUUAUGCCUACAGUUGGCCUUAUGAGUAUUUGUUGCUGACAAUAACUGCUCUAAGUGGAAAAUAUUUAUUUCUGAAGUGCUAAUUUCCUUAGCCCUGAGAAGUUCAUCAAAAUAACAGAAUCUUAAAUGGCACUCUGAAGUUUAAAGAAAAAAUUCUGCUCUUAGAUCCUCUGACCUUUACUGCUUUUGUCCUGGAUCGCUACAGCUUACACAGCACCAUUUAUAUCUUGCACAUCAGGUAAAGCAGCCAAAAAGGGAACAAGGGACAGGAUUCCCUCUUCAAUUUCAGGUUUGUGACAGAAUGGAGACGUGCAGGGUAAAACAUGUCCACUUUAUUGAAGUGCAUUUGAAAUAUGGCUUCUGUGAAUCAGAUUGAAAAUAUAAGGUUGCUGCACUAUAGCUAGUAGUUCAGUCUCCAGGGGAGGCAGUUCAUUAGGAUACUGACCUUGUGGCCAUUAUUUGCCCUUGGUCAGAAUAUCAGUAAAUAUAAAUAACAGGUGAAUAACAUUUAUUGGCUUAGUUCAUACUUCAUUUCUGUCUUCCAGUGUGAAAGAUGAGCUUGUUUGGUUAUAUCGAGUUACAGUAAAUGACAAUAAACAGUUUUAAGAAUUAAACCCAGCACAAUUUAUAUGUCCAUAUCUUACUUCACGAUGAAUUAUGAAAACAGCAGCUCAGUUGUUGAAUCAGGCUCAGAAUUAAUUCUCACAUUUGGUCCUAGUUUCUGAAUCUCAGGUGCUCCAGCGGUUUGGCUGCUGCAGUCCAAUCCCCAGACUCAGGGCAGGGUUCUCCUUGCUGACGGCCCUCGUGGUGGAAGGUUUGAUCAGAAUCUCAAGUGGUAUCCAUCGCUAAGUGUUUUUUUAUAUAGCAGGUGCUGCUUGAAGGGAAUUCCCUUCAUAUCUGAAUGUUUCUGGUGAUUAAGGAUUUCCAUGAUGGGGAUAAAAUAGAUCAUCUGGGAGUUUUCAUUGUGGAGCACUAAAGGCCAAGGGAAAAGUUGGUUGGAGGUGUACAAAAUCUUGAUUAAAUAAGGUGAUGUUGUGGGGUGGGUGUGCUGGUAGUAAAAUGUUAGAAGGUAGAGAUAAAAAUACUUGGCAAGAGAUCCAAGGUGAUGCAAAGGAUUUUUUUUUCACCGAAGCGCUAUAUGAAAGUGCAUUGGAUGCAAAUUCAGUUUUGGCUUUCACAUUGAACUGGAUUAAUGUUAGAAAACAAAACGGGUGAGGUGGAAGAAACAGGAAUGAGACUGCCUGUCCAUGGAAAACUGUCAGUGCCAGAGACUCAAAGGCAAAAUGAUGUGUCAUAGUGCUGUGUGCCCGGUAUCAUGGCAGCUAACAGCUGCAUGAAACAAGUGGUGGAGGCCGGGUGUUUGUAGGUGGACAGGUAUGGCUUCUUAAUCAUUGGGCUUUUACUAACAAGCAUCUGGUGAGAGUCUUCCAGCCUGAAGUGAGAAAUCAGAAACCUGUCCCUAGACUCUCUAACUCAAGCCCAGUUAUUCUAAAAUAUAUGCCAGAAUUGCUCAGCUAUUUGCAUUUAAUCACCAGUUAGAAAUUCUAAAGGGUAUUUUUUUAAUAAUGUGAAUGCUAGAGGAUUGAAACAUAAACCGAAGCAAUCGACAAGCAAGAGAAUAGACAAGAGAGAAUUUUGAGGGUGAACUGUUCCUCAAUUGAAUAUCAUUUUCACUUAUACCUGACCUUUGUCUCUUUAUUGAAAUGGAUUUAAUACUAGUUCUUUUCUCAGUGUAGAAAAGUUAUAAGUUACUAGUUACUAGACUGAACUUCAAUCCAGUCAUCAUUUGUGCCAUUUUUGUUUUGACAAUCUUUGGUGUGGGGGGAGGCAAGCUGAUUUUGCUUUCAGUAAGAAAAUUCAGUUCCAAAUCCCAGCAAAAAUCACUAUGAAAAAAGACAGAAGCAUUCAAUGAUUGCUGAAUGUCAUUUAUUAGGGUGUAAUGAUCAAGACUUGAGGUUCUUCCCAUAAUUAGCAAUUGCACUAGUUAUGUUAGACGUGAGUAGUUGAUUUCAGUAAACGAGAGGCAUUUAUCCUGAUAGCUUACCAAUAUCGUAUGUGAUUAAUUCACAAGGUUCAGAAAGGAUCUGGGAUCUAACUCCCUGUCCUGCUUUGAUCUCAGCUAAGUCCUCAGGGUAAAAAUGGACAAAUCAGUUGGAAUGAACCCGUGUGAGAACAGAGUGAUGCCCCCCCCCCCCCACCGCCCAAGCCACAUUUGAACUGCCUGCCAAUACUCAUUAUUGUAGGCAUUUGCAUAGAACAUGACCCCGGGUGAGUUACUAAUGGGGAAGCAGUACUUUCAUCUUGGAGAAAGCAAGAGGAAUAAAUUUAAAAAUUACGUCAGGAGUCUCUGAUUAAAUGGUCAGGAACACUAUUAGAUUUAUGGAGAAAGUUUACCAUAGCAGGCAAAAUGUUUUCCUGCAGUACUGGAGUUAUCUGAGGUAGGGAUCAGUUCUAGCCCUGUACCAAAGAUAUGUUCGGAUGCUGGAAAUAAUACAUAGAUAUCCUAUAUCAUGAUAUUGUAUUAGAAGAAUUGCAGAAUUGAUUAAAUACAGCCAUCAUUACUGUAAUAUACUGCAGCUUGGAGAUUGUUACCCAGGGGUCAUGAAGUACCUCACAAACCUUGCUUAUAUAAAUAUAUAAAUGUGUUAAUUAUUCUGACAUAACAAAACAUUAUAAGACCAUCCUUAGUUAUAAUAUUGAGGAGUUAUAGCAGUUGGAAGCAUUUUAUAAAGGUGUUAAGAUUGUUUUUUUUUCUUAAAUGUGUAUAUCAGAACACUACCACUGCCUAGUAAUACAAAGGAAUAUUUUUCACAGUCAUUCCUGCUGGUGACAAAUUCAGAGUUGAAGUCACAGCCUUGGGAUGUUACUUCCAGUAAUGAUGCUUCAUGUAUUGAUAAUGAAUUCAAAUCAAAAACAUUCAGAUGCCCUUCACCACUUCUGGAUAAGAUAAUGAAUGGGUAGAUGGGAUGUGUGUUUUGUAAAGUUUGUACUGCAUGGUUAUUGUAAUGUUGAAUGUGUCUGAAUGAAGCUAUUCAAUCUUCCAUUUACUUCAGAAUUAGUAAUUAAUAUGUCAGCUGAUACAACAGGGACAAUUGUAACCAUGACCUGUUUUCUAUAUGUGCUGUAAUCAAAUUGCUUUGGUAGCUCCAGGUUCCAAUGAUUGGAAAACAAAACUAAGUUAUUGGUACAGCCUGCUGAAUUAAUUGGGUUGACUAGCUGGCUGUAAAUCCUGCUUAUUAAAGAGCAUAUUCAUGACAAGUCAGCCAUCUCAUCAUGGUUUA